AAUAUUCUCCGGUCUUGUAGUUUUUUUUUAUUGAUAAGUGAUAACAUCACUAAUCACUGAUUAACUUAUUUUACUCCAAUAAAGUGUAAACUGAAAAAUAAACUUACAGAAAAGUUUUUGGUUGUCCUUCAAAAUGUCUUAUAAAUACUUAAAAAAGACAACUGGUCUCACAAAGCUUAAUGUAGCAAAAAGUCCACACUAUACUUUAGGAGUGUUGUACGGAAAGAUUCUUCGAACUUUACGUAAAAUGCCUGAGGAUGCGGCAUAUCGAAAAUACACUGAGCAAAUAAUAAGCAAUAGAGCCAAAAUCGUUCAAGAAACUGUAGCAGUAGAAGAUUUUGAAAAGAAAAUUGACUGUGGACAAGCUGAAGAGCUUAUUGUACAAGCUGAAAAUGAAUUGGUUUUGUCUAGACAGAUGUUGGCCUAUAAACCAUGGGAAUCAUUAAUUGUUAAACCAAGUGCUGACCAAUGGACUUGGCCUCCAACAAAGUGAUUUGUUUAAAUAUUGUGAAAUAGUUAGGUUUCAAUUUGUUAGAUACGUAAAUAUGUAUUCUACAAAAUUUUGAAUUUUUAUUAAUAAAGUGAAGUAUAAAGUAA